AAAAAAAAAUGUCUGACGUACCUGACGACGCUAACGCCGGAUGCCCGGGAACUGGAAGUGCCGGAGCUGGUAAGGCUUCAGGAUGUGCUGGAUGUCCAAAUCAGGGGUCUUGUGCUACUGGUCAAGGACCACCACCAGACGCAGAUGUGCCGAAGAUUCAGGAUAGGUUCAGCAGAAUUAAGCAUAAGAUUCUGAUUCUCAGUGGAAAAGGAGGAGUCGGUAAAAGUACUCUCACAUCGAAUCUUGCUCGAGCCCUUGCCUCUGAUCCAUCAAAACAAGUUGCAAUUCUUGACGUGGACAUUUGUGGACCAUCUCAACCAAGAAUGAUGGGAGUUGAGGACGAGGAAGUUCAUAACAGUGCAGAUGGAUGGACUCCUGUCGGAAUUCAGCCAAAUCUGACCCUGAUGAGCAUUGCUUUCUUGCUCGGUGACAAGAACGAUGCUGUGAUUUGGCGUGGAGCUCGCAAGAACGGAAUGAUCAAGCAAUUUCUGAAAGACGUCGAUUGGGGAGAGGUUGAUUAUUUGCUGAUUGAUACACCUCCAGGAACAUCUGAUGAACAUAUUUCUCUUGUUCAAUUCUUAUUGCAAGCAGGUCCAUUGGAUGGUGCAUUGAUUGUCAGUACUCCGCAAGAAGUUUCAUUGCUUGAUGUCAGAAAAGAGGUCAGCUUCUGCGUCAAGACUAAAGUCCCGAUUCUUGGUGUUGUUGAGAACAUGGCUCGUUUCGUAUGCCCCAACUGUGCUCAUACAACUCUCCUCUUCCCAACAUCCACCGGCGGAGCUGAGCAAAUGUGCAAAGAUUCGAAUCUUGAGCUUCUAGCUCAACUCCCAUUGGAACCAGCACUUGCAAAAGCUCUUGACAAUGGAGAAGACUUUUUCGAGACAAAUCCAGAUUCAACGCUGGCAAAAUCGUUUUUGGAUCUUGCUGAGAAAGUUAAGGCAAAGCUUGUUUAAAUUUUCGUAUGUUGCAUUGUUGAUUACUUCUUUUCCUCCAGGAUUCCUAAUUUGUUUCCAUGUUGUGAGUUUUAGAUCAUCAAAAAUAAAUGUUAAAUGUUU